AUGGCGGGCAAGAAGGGAGAAAACAGCAAAAAGGCCGCGGGGAAUGCCCGCAAGGCCGAGGCGGCUUCGCAAAAGGCAGCAGCGGCCGAGGCCAGACACGAAGCCGACGAGGCAGAGCAGUGGGCAAAGGGCGCCAAGAGCAAUGCUAAAAAGGAAGCCGAAGCUGCCAAAAAAGCCGACCUGGCCAAGAAAAAGGCCGAAAAGGACGCUCUUCUGAAGGAAGAGGAAGCCAGCUUGGGGGAACGGGCCGAACCCAAAAAGUCAAAGGCCGCCGUCAAGAAGUCGCGCGGCCUGGAUCUCUCGCAGCUCGAUGGCGACGCGCCGUCCGCCCUCAGCGCGAGCGGCAUCGACAACGCGCUCGACGCCCUGUCGCUGGCGACCGGCUCGGACGAUUCCAAGAUCGACAAGCACCCCGAGAGGAGGUUCGCGGCAGCCUACGCCAAGUAUGAAGAGCGCAGGCUGGCCGAGAUGAAGGCGGACGGGAGCGGCGUCGGUUUGCGGCUGGACCAGCGCAAGCAGAGGAUCAGGAAGGAGUUUGACAAGAGCCCAGACAACCCGUUCAACCAGGUCACGGCUGCCUACAAUGCCACACGCCAAGAGUUGGAAAUGGUCAAGGAGGACGAAAGGUCCAAGAUUGAGAGGCGUCUAGGCUAG